AUGAAGAGCCAUCUGGAGCGUGGUUCUUACGUCGGCUGGAAGGACAAGGAGACGAAGACCUUCGUGCAGGAGCUAGCGCAGGCCGGAGAACGCCAAUGCUUCAUAGGGGACGCGGCGACUAAGCGAGACAGUAUCGAGCGGCGCCAGCUCGUGAACCCGAACUUCGACCCAGACCUGUUGGUCCCCGGGAUUAACCUGAGUGAUAGAGGAUGGAACAAGAUGGUAGCCCGGAUCAUGUGCAAUGGGUGCGGAUACUGCACCACCGAGGGGGCUAUCGAGGAGCCCUGUUGUGGAUGCGCCUGUAUCCCGUGUCGGUAUGGCACCCAGCGCAGUGUCCGGGACGAUGACUAUUAUAUCUUCCCGGUUUCCGACCAGACCUCGCUGGCCCGGAGAGAUCUGCUGACCUGCAACAACUGGGCCUGGGGCAAAUUUGCGAACUCGGAUACCGUGUGGGACAAAGCCAACAUCAUCAGAUACAACCAGUUCUACGAGACAGAACAUCCGUUUGAAGACCAGACCCUCUCGAGGUUCUUCAACGUCCACAUGACGAGCGUGGCCAACGUCACUCGGCCCUGUACCUGGAUCGUCACUUGGAUUCUCUCGCGGGCUCCCUGGGCCGGGGCAACUAACAACGUCGCCCAAUUAAUGGGCGAUGAGCUCGGAAGUCGCGAUCGACAAGGCCGCUUCGCCAUCAUCCUUACCGACUCCAAUUGGAUGAAGGGGGCCAUAGUGAAAGGCUCUUCCGCAAUUCAGACCUCUCGGUGGGAUAAUAUGGAUGCUGGCGACGAGCAGCUGGCGUAUCUGAAAGAGCUUGGAAUACUCUUCAGCUAUUGGAACCAUCCCGAGUUUAACAACUGGUACACUGCCAACCGGGGGCCGAGCGAUCUAGCCGGCGAGUGGAAGAAGUUCAACCAGCUCGAACUGAAGCGGGUUGUCGAGAAAUGGAAGGCAUCGGCGCAAUAUCUCAAGGAGAGUCGGAACCUCCUGUAUCAGUUUGGCACGAUCAAGCUGGAUCAUUCUUGCGCGAAUUUCCAGUAG